UGCGAAUUCAGACUUAGAUCCGUCAUCUUUGCGGGGUGGUGUAUCCCUACGGGGUGAGCGAAAGCAAGGUGCACCAAAAUACUCGAAUCGCGGUUUUGCGCUCUGCUCGUCAAACAUAUGCGAACGAAUUGCAUUAAAAAGGACUUGCCCACCGAACUGAAGGCUCAGUCGACGUCUGUUUGGCAAGCUGGAAAGUUUGUCUCGUCUAUUUCCUAAGAGAAUUGAAAUAGAUAGCGCGCAAGGUGUAUCCAUUCCGUUCCACUAACCGGCACACUGUUGGCCUGAAUCCAGGAUACACAUACGUUCCCAUAGACUUAUCGGAAAGUGAACCGUGCGAAAAUAUCCAGUUGAAUAUUUUUAAAGUGUGCAAGAGAAUCCUUUUUUUUUGGGCAAAGCUAUCGGUUUUUAUCUAGUUGAGGAAAGAUUGUGUGCGUUGUGAGUCCUUGUUAAAAAAAAAUUAGGUUUUUUUUUUGUGAGCUAUUCACGUGGAAGAAAUAUAUAGUGUGAGUGGAAAAAGGAUCAAUCCUCGGCUUUCUGGAGGUAUCUUUUCGAGAAUACAAAUUACAAUUGUUCGUUUGAGAUAAAUAGUGCGAACUAAAUAUCAAUAGUGUGAGAGCGAGCAUAGUGUGAAGGCUGCAGCCUUUAUUACGCGGAGCCAUAUCCUUGCUGCAGUGAAAACGAAUGAAUAGUGAAGUGUUUGUAUUGCACUUCUUCCUUUUUCUAUUGGAAAUAUUGGAAAAGUGACGACUGUAAAUUAGAGCUCGAUUCAGCAUUAGUGCCAGUGAAAGUGUUCAUGUAUUGAGGACAGAGGCAGGAGCAAGGACAUCGAGCUCAAAGGUUACAUAAGUGGAUUCGAUGAUAAAUCUCCUGGUUUAUGUAAUAAGUUUCCACUCAAUGCAUUUAACGUCGCCCAUCAAGCUCCACCAAAAAUCCAUGGAAACCGUCGCUAGUUCCAAGCUGAUUCCGUGCGACUAAUUGGCAAUGUUGCAUCUGUAACAAACCCCAACCACCAGAAAGAAGAAGCACAACAACAAUGGUUCCUGCCCUAUCAUCUGAGACUGCAUCACCUACUGCAGCUAUAGCAGCUGCCAUCGAAGCGAUUGAUGAUACCCUCAAUCAUGUGAGAAUUCACAGCUAUAAUUCCACCCCAUUAACAACUACAACCCUAGGAGCAACAACCGCAUCAACAAAUGCAUCGACACAUACCACCGCACCAUUAGCAAAUGCAUCCUGUGCAGCUCAAUAUGAGAAUUAUUCAGUUCCUAAAAUUGGACUCUACUGCAAUUGGACUUUUGAUUCAAUCCUAUGUUGGCCACCAACACCAGCUGGUGAAGUUGUCUAUCAACGAUGUCCGCAAGGAAAUGGUGUUGACACGACAAAAUUCGCUGAAAGACGUUGUGGAUUGGACGGACGAUGGGAAGGAAAAUCGAACAUUACUUCUCCCGAAAAUAGCAACGGAUGGACCAAUUACACUCCAUGUUUUCCGCCCGAAGUUCAAGAUCUUUUGAACAGAUUAUACGCUGGCGGGAAUGAGGAUAUCGUUUCGAAACCGUUUGUCCUUCCUUUACGUAAAAUUAUUUCCGUCUUCAACUUUGGAUAA